AUGGCGGCCUUUGAGGCCGCGCUGUCCUUCGUGGACGAGUUCGCGGGCACAAACAACGCCGUCCCAGUGCCCACGCAGCCCGCGGAAGUGCUGAACAAGCAGGAGAUGGAGUGGGCGGUCAAUUUCCCGGCGGCGACCAAGGGCUCGCCCAGUUCCUCGUCGUCCGUGGCCUCGCCGCCUCAGAGCGCGGCGUUUGUAUCGUCCCCGGCGUCGAACCACCACACGACCACGGAUGAGGAUGGGUCGCCGCGUCGAGUGGAGCGCGAACAGCCCAAGCGCGCGCGAGCGCCGCGCCGUCCGACGGCCAAGAAGCUCCUGCGCAAGAGUUGGGUGACUGGCGACUCGAACCGCGCCAGGAACGAGCGACGUAUCGAGGUGGCGUACCUGAGGGAGAAGGUGGCCCAGUUGGAGGCGGAGCUGGAGGGUCUGCAGCAACACAGAACGUCCGCGAAGCUCAUCAAACAGGAUGGGCAGAAUGACGCAAGUCAGGGACAAAAUGGCGCGCUCGUGCCCGCGUCGGUUGCAGAACAAUCGGUGUGGAAGCCUGUGGCACAGCAGCAGCGGAAACGUCGGGAGAAGGCGGAGAUCGAAAAUGCACGCCUCAAACUUGUGCUGGAGAGCCAACUGAAGGCUGCCAAGAGCAUGCAGAUGCUACUACUCAAACGUGCGAAGAACCAGCUUAUGGAGUGCGCUAGAACAGUGACACCUGACACGACCGAUUUCGCGGCAGGACGCAUGGUGAAUUACCAUUCAGACCUCGGUGAUUUUGAAGACAUGCUCGUAAUUCUUGAAGGAGCAUACCGUGAGAUGGAUGCUGUCUUCUGCACAAACGGCCUUAACUCGAUGGAGGUUACGUACAAGGAUACUCAAGUGCGCGAGGGAGAUGAUGGUAUUUAUCUGGAUGUCUUCUCGAACAAAGUGCUACCUUUCGAUCUGGACACGACAGCAAAGGCAGUGUGGGAUCAUUUCAAGGGCGCCGACAAACACAGAGGCAAGGUGUAUGAGAAGACUGCCAAGGUCUUGGACGAAUCCGACACGAUUGUCGAGAAUUUUGCGAAGGAGAUGUAUGUUGGAUCAACGCACGCCAUGUUCCGAGUGAAGCAAGUCCUGCGCCGCUAUGUGGAGGAGGACCGCGUGGUGGUUGUGUUCAUCUCGAUUAAAACUCCACUGGAGGUUGUGGACGAGCCGUUUGCAGGCCUUACGCAUCGCCAUCAAUGCUACGCCGUGGCCAAGCGAUCAUCUGUCCCCCCGUCACAAUCUGUUGGCGAGCGCUGCCUACUCCAAAUGUGCUCGCUGGUGUCACUCGAACACGGACAAGAGCAGCCAGAAAAGGACUCGCCGGUGAUGGGGGCUAUGACCAAGUUUAUGAUGGGGGCUGCUGCCAACAGCAUCACGGCCAGCCAGGAGCUCAUCGAGAACUCGCUUAUGGACCAAGCGGUGAACCAGCCCGUUAGCUGAGUCACAGGUUGUGCUACUGCUCAACGACUGCGUAGUUUUACGAGAUAUGUGGUAAUAUCGUGCAUCAACUUU